AUGCAGUUCCGUUUCCAGCCAGGAUCAAUAACGUUCUACGAGGUGGACGUCCACAAAUUCCCCCGCGUGCUCCCCGACGACUGUACCGGUACCCUCAAUCUGGUGGCGUUCCGAGAAGGGGAACUUGUGAAUAACCUUGCGCCCUCCGCGCCCUCCGUCACGCCUAGCGCCCUCCGCGCUCUCCGCGCUCCUAGCGCCCUCUCGCGCCUUAGCGCGGCCCUCAGCCCGCCGCACGUCGCGCCCCUUAGUAACCCCCCCUCCGUGCCCUCCCCUUCCCCUCCCCGUCGCGUUACCUCCCGUCCCCCUGCCCGUCGCGUCGCCUCCCUUCCCCCUGCCCGUCGCGUCAACCGUCGCCCAGGCCCGCGCGUAGCCCGUCGCCCAGGCCCGCGCCUAGCCCGUCGCCCAGGCCCGCGCGUAGCCCGUCGCCCAGGCCCGCGCGUAGCCCGUCGCCCAGGCCCGCGCCUAGCCCGUCGCCCAGGCCCGCGCCUAGCCCGUCGCCCAGGCCCGCGCGUAGCCCGUCGCCCAGGCCCGCGCCUAGCCCCCGCCUCUAGCAUGGGCUCCGCUAAGGAGGCACGUCGCCUCCGUUUCGAUGCGGAGGGACGCCCAAUCGAGUUCGGUACCUGGCAGCGCCAGACCACACGCUUCCUCACCAGCCAGCGACAGGACGGCGCCACUCUGUGGGCUCACGCGUCUGGUGCCCUACAGGCCCCCCCGUCCCCCGCCGCCCUGCCGACCACCCCGGAGCCGACCCCUACGGCCCAGGCGGAGUACGACCGUCGGGUCCUGGCCAGGGACGUGUGGCUCUCGCGUGACGCUGCCGCCGCUCUCACACUGUCGGAGCUUUCCCCCCCGACUGAGGCCGCCCACUUUGACCAGGUGGAGACAGCCAAGGGGGUGUGGGAUGCUAUUGUUGCCCGCUACUCCACCCCCUCCUCCGCCUCCCUCAGUCGCCUCCUCAUGCCGUUUGUGUUUCCCGACCUAGGCUCGUUUGCCACUGUUUCCGACCUAGUGACUCACCUCCGCUCGCUUGACGCCGGUUUUCUCACCCGCCUCCCUGACCGCCUUGCCACUGCCCGCGACGCGCUUCUUCAGAAGCACCCCACUGAGCUCACUAUAGACCUCCUUCAGACUGCUCUCGGGACCAUCGAGAGCAGCCUCCUCACCGUUGCCUCCGCCACUGAUGCGGUGGCCCCCCGUCUCUUUGCGGGGUGUGCCGCCCCUCAGCUUCCCACUUUCACUGCUACCCGCGCUUCUGCUGCUGUGUCGGUUUCUGAGGACACCGCUGCCGUUUCUGCCGCAGACUGGCAGAAACGGGGCAAGAGUGGCAAGAAGGGCGGAAAGGGGGGAGGUGGGGGCGGUGGAGGCGGCGGUGGAGGUGGCGGUGGAGGUGGGAGCGGCGGUGGUGGCGGAGGCGGCGGAGGCGGCGGCGGUGGUGCACCAGGGGGAGGGGGCCCUGGAGGAGGUGCUGGACAGACAGGCCCACCCACAGGUGGAGGCCCGACCGCCCCUGUCUCUGUGGUCGCGACGACCACUCUGCCGCGCGGUGCUUCCGCCGCCUCGACGACCUCUACCGGGCUCGUUGGGGCCCUUUGGCGAGCACGCCUCGCUGGUCUCGUCUGUUAG